AUGGUCAGAUAUUGCAUGGUGAUUCUUGGAAGCCUUGCCGCCAUGGCAUCAGCCCAAGACAUUUGCAUGUCCCCUACAAGCACAUUCACCGUCAAGGUCAACCUGUUUGCAUCCGAGCUCGGGUACUAUGCAUUCGAGGAAUGUGGAGAUGUGGUCAACCCAACUAUUGGGAUGGAAGUUGGCGAGACCUACACAUUUGUUCAAGCGGACAGGAGCAACUACUUUCAUCCCAUGGGCUUUUCGUACUUCCCAGAUGGUGCUCAUGAUGGCGUGGAUGAGCUCGAACCUGGCAUUGGCUUGGGAUCAGAUGCGUCUUGUGCGGAGACCCUCAGUUGCCCUGCUCCCAUGUAUUUCUUGAAUGAUGAUUAUCUUGGAAAUUACUCCAAUAUUGAAGAAGUCUUACCUGUGUCUACUGGGGCGGAAGACUUUGGUCUGGAUGCCUACGAGCCCUUGUUCUUCCAUCCCAUGCCUGAGUGGGUGGGAUAUGGAGAGUUCAGCAUCCAGCUGCGUUUCGAUGAUGAAAGCUACGACAAAGACAUCUUUUAUUUCUGCCAUAUUCAUCAGUUCAUGUCAGGUCGUAUCAAGCUCAUGAAGAAUGGAGAACUAGUGUCCCCUGAAGAUGAACCUCCUUUGGGAUACACUUAUGAUGAGCCAGGUGCAUUUGAUGAAACCUGUGGAACAUAUGGCUUGGAUGCAUUCCAGCUCCCACACCCAGAGUGUCCUUCCACCUUUGUGUGUGAUGCGGGUCCAGAGAACCAACCCUUUGCUUCGUGCAUAAAUGCAAUGAAUUGCCACAUGGUUGUGGGUAUGACUACGGGGGUGAGCAGUGAGAGCAAUUUGGCCUUGUUUAUCCACCAAAUGAUCCCCCAUCAUCAGAAUGCAGUCAACAUGGCCAAAACCUUGCUACUGACGGGCGAUGUUCCCUGUGAGGACUUGACCAAUGAUGAAGAUCCAUACUGUGUCAUGCAAGUUAUCUUGCGCGAAAUUGUCAAUGGUCAAAACUUCCAAAUCCAAGCCAUGCGAGGGCUCUUGGAAGCUCUGAACCUUCCCGCCACAGACGACUGCACUGUUCCUGUUGCUAUUGAUGGACUUGAUGGCUUGGGAUCAAUAGUGGAAAGGCAAAAUCCUCCGCCCAUCGAAGAUAGCGAAGAUGGGGCUGCUCCUGUCGACCGUGUCGGCGGACCAUUCCGCCGUCGGGUCUAG